GAUCCCGACGACGGGCUGCCGCCAGCGAGCAGCGGCCGCGAGGAGCUACGAGCGAAGCGUGCGAGCCCGCUGGGCCGCCAGCGCGAAUGUGCGCCUUCUGAUGCGCGGCGUGACGAGCACGAGCAGCGAUGGCUUCUGCCGAGGCGACGUCGCCCGCGCCCAACAUGUCGCCGGGCGAGCUGGAGUGCAUGCGGGAGCGGAAGUGGUGGUGCUUCCUGCUCUCCAGCAUCUUCACCUUCCUGGCGGGCCUCUUCAUUAUCCUGAUCUGGCGAGCCCUGGCCUUCCUCUGCUGUCGCAAGGAGAAGGCAGGCGCCUACAGUCCCGGGGCACCAAAGCAGCCGACCGCCAAGAAAGCAGCCCCGGGCGCCGCCGACGCCAAGCGCAAGGGCGGGGAAGGGGCCGCCGAAAUCGGGUUCAUGACGGAGGCCAAGGACUGGGCAGGGGAACUCAUCUCGGGACAGACCACCACAGGCAGGAUACUGGUAGUCCUGGUGUUCCUGUUAAGCAUAGCAUCUCUCAUAAUAUAUUUCAUUGACGCUUCGAGCCGUGAAAACAUACACGGUCCUCACGACAUGAUCCAACAUAAUGAAAAACAACAAAGAUACCAAGACGGAGUUGAGAAAUGCCAGUCUUGGUCGACGAACACAACGCAGCAAAUAGAUCUAGCUCUGAAUAUAUUCUUCAUGGUCUAUUUUUUUAUACGUUUCAUUGCGGCCAGCGAUAAGUUAUGGUUCAUGUUGGAGCUAUAUUCAUUUGUUGAUUACUUCACCAUUCCGCCGUCCUUUGUUUCUAUCUACUUAGACCGUACAUGGAUUGGCCUCCGUUUUCUGCGAGCCCUGCGAAUGAUGUCUGUCCCAGACAUCUUGCAGUACCUGAACGUCCUCAAGACAAGCAGCUCUAUCCGACUCGCCCAGCUCGUCUCCAUCGUCAUCAGCGUCUGGCUGACUGCCGCGGGAAUUAUCCAUUUGUUGGAGAAUUCUGGCGACCCUCUGGACUUCGCCAAUGCUCGCAAGUUGACGUACUGGGAGUGUGUGUACUACCUUAUCGUAACAAUGUCCACUGUGGGUUAUGGUGACGUAUACUGUCAGACAACACUGGGACAAGUCUUCAUAGUACUCUUCAUACUGGUUGGCUUGGCCGUGUUUGCCAGUUGCAUUCCUGAGAUUCUAGAGUUGAUAGGGACUAGGCCCAAAUAUGGCGGCGAGUACAGGCGGGAGCAUGGGAAAAGGCACAUUGUCGUGUGUGGACACAUCACCUAUGAAUCUGUGUCCCACUUCUUGAAAGAUUUCCUCCAUGAGGACCGAGAAGAUGUAGAUGUAGAGGUAGUUUUUUUACACAGAAAACCUCCAGACCUCGAGCUGGAAGGUCUGAUAAAAAGGCAUUUUACAACAGUGGAGUUCUUUCAAGGCAGCGUCAUGAAUCCAAUUGACUUGCAACGAGUCAAGGUCCACGAGGCAGAUGCAUGUUUGGUGCUGGCAAACAAGUACUGUCAGGACCCGGAUGCAGAGGACGCUGCCAACAUCAUGAGAGUCAUCUCCAUUAAAAACUAUUCUGAUGACAUCAGGGUCAUCAUUCAGCUGAUGCAGUAUCACAACAAGGCUUACUUGCUGAAUAUCCCCAGUUGGAACUGGAAACGGGGAGAUGACGUGAUAUGCGUGUCGGAGCUGAAACUCGGCUUCAUUGCACAAAGCUGCCUGGCCCCCGGUUUUUCAACCAUGAUGGCCAACCUGUUUGCUAUGAGAUCCUACAAAACGUCUCCUGACAUGCCCGCAUGGCAAAACGAUUAUCUGUGCGGCACAGGAAUGGAGAUGUACACCGAGAGCUUAUCCGCCUCUUUUACAGGCAUGACCUUUCCUCAGGCAGCCGAGCUUUGCUUUGUGAAAUUAAAACUGCUACUUUUGGCCAUUGAGGUCGCUGUUGAUGAUGGUUCAGAUUCCAAGAUUGCCAUCAAUCCCAAGAAGAAAAUAAAGAUUACUCUUAACACUCAGGGGUUUUUUAUUGCUCAGUCUGCAGACGAAGUGAAAAGGGCAUGGUUUUACUGCAAAAACUGCCACGAAGACAUCAAGGAUGAAAAGCUCAUCAAGAAGUGCAAGUGCAAGAAUCGUAAGUUUGGUCUGUUUAAAAAGGGUGUCAGGGCAGUACAGGCAGUUAGUCGAGCAAAUGAAGGUCUGCAUAACUCCAAUGUUCCCACUUUCACACCACCCGAAAUACCCAAGAGAGUCAAGCUACGAGUUGAAGAAGAAAGCUUUACCUACACGGCCACUCAGCCUCAAGUGGGCAACAACAACGACCAGAACCGCGUGAGCUCUGCACCGAAGCCAAAGCCAAGUACAAAAAAACACGACCAGAGCAAUUCGCUGACAUCGCCCAACGAGCGCGGAGGACGCUCUGCUCCCCCAUCCUACGCCAGUCCUGUCUCUGACACUUCCCACGUCACGCGGACGGCUGCGCCCGACAUGUUUGCUGGCUUACACCUUGCCUAUGAGGUCAAAAAGCUCAUGCCCACGAGCCGGGGUACCAAUGGCACCGGGAACUCGCAGAACGAGAAGCCCUUCCCAGUGGGCCUGUCAGACGAUCAGGCGAAGGAUUUCGAGAAGACCGAGAUGAAGUACGACUCCACUGGAAUGUUCCACUGGUGCUCGGCACGCCCCAUCGAGGACUGCAUACUGGAUCGAAACCAGGCGGCAAUGACUGUGCUCAACGGCCAUGUGGUUGUGUGUUUGUUUGCUGAUCCCGAUUCUCCACUAAUAGGGUUGCGUAACUUAGUAAUGCCACUUCGUGCCAGCAACUUUCACUACCACGAACUCAAGCAUGUUGUCAUUGUCGGCAAUGUGGACUACCUGAGGAGGGAGUGGAAGAUGCUUCAGAACCUGCCGAAAAUAUCUGUCCUUAACGGCUCCCCAUUGAGUCGAGCGGACUUGCGAGCGGUGAACAUCAACCUUUGCGACAUGUGUGUGAUAUUAUCUGCAAAGAUCCCCAGCAGCGAUGAUCCCACGCUGGCUGACAAAGAGGCUAUACUAGCCUCGCUCAACAUCAAGGCUAUGACCUUUGAUGAUACCAUAGGUGUCCUUACUCACAAUCCCAAUGGUGCUGAGGGAUUCUCCCCACUGGGUAGUCCCAUUGUGAUGCAACGACGAGGCUCUGUGUAUGGUGCCAAUGUGCCUCUAAUCACCGAGCUCGUAAAUGACACAAAUGUACAGUUUCUGGACCAGGACGACGAUGAUGAUCCAGACACAGAGCUCUACCUAACGCAACCCUUUGCCUGCGGUACCGCUUUUGCUGUUAGCGUGCUCGACUCAUUAAUGAGCACUACAUACUUCAACGCGAACGCGCUGACCUUGAUACGGUCACUGAUUACGGGUGGCGCAACCCCUGAGCUGGAGUUGAUCCUGGCCGAGGGAGCAGGCCUUCGCGGAGGCUACAGCACACCAGAGUCCUUAGCCAACAGGGACCGGUGCAGAGUCGGGCAGAUCUCCCUCUACGACGGACCCCUGGCUCAGUUUGGGGAGGGCGGCAAAUACGGCGACCUCUUCGUAGCGGCUCUCAGGAGCUACGGAAUGCUCUGCGUGGGCCUGUACAGGUUUCGGGACACGAGCUCCUCUGGCGAGGCGUCCUCGAAACGGUAUGUCAUCACCAACCCCCCAGCAGACUUCACCCUGCUGCCGACGGACAUGGUGUUCGUCCUGCUGCAGUUCGACCCCGGGCUGGAGUACAAGCCCAACCGGGCCGAGGAGCCAAAGGACGACAACUCUUGACUCCUGCUGUGUAGCGCUUUGACUGACGGGCCUUACUCCUUCAUCUAAACAGACAACACUCCACCCUGCUGCUUGCCUCCCACGGUGUGGACGGAGAUGGGGCAAACGGAAUCCGACACCGUACACCCAAAUUGCACACUACAGCGAACGCCGCGCACAUAUCCUAAGGAGCACUCUGACCCACUGCAAAGUCGUUGCAGAGGCUUCUGAAGUCGGGGCUUUUCUUGGCUGAUUUUUUCUCAUUGAGACCCCGAAUGACGCACAGAAGUGGCCUUGUAGCUUAGUUAGGCAUUACACUGUGGGGGGAGGCUUCUCUCUGUUCCUUUUCUUUCGAGGUGUCGACUUUGGAACAACGAAAAUCUUAAGCAGCCCUGUGGAGGCACCUGCCGCAUGCGUGCUCUAGGCAGCCGCGAUCCCUUGUGGGCCUUACACCUAGUCACCCUUCGGAGCAGGCCUCUUGAUCGUACAGUGUGAGGGCCUCCCAGGACGGACACGCAGAAAGGCUGCCCCGAACUCUGCAGGUGUUCCCCGAGAGUACCAGAAACAAAGGAUCUUAUACGAUGACAUGCAAAGCUGGCAGCAACCUGUCGAGCCCACUGCUUCCUUGUCACUCGUCGUCGGCGGCACAAGGAGGCAGGUAUCUUCAAAGUAUCUUCUAGGAACCUAGGGGCAUCUCACGCAAUUCGCCACUUAAUGAAAAGGACACACUACGCAGCAUGUGGUGUCGGCAGUGCCCAUCGUUCGCGAUGCCAGGCAAUGCGCGCACACACACACAGACACACACACACACACACACACGCAUGAACACAGGAGGAAUAACUCAAGGGUCGUCUGUUGAGGUCGCUACACGGUUAACGAAUGCAUUGGAAAUGCCUGAAAACGUGCAAAGUGCAACGCUGCCUUCGCAGCACACAUGAAACAAGAGGUCCGACUUGGGACGAACGUCUCGUUUCAACACUCGCUCUGCAUGUCUACUUCUCUGUCCUUCUCUGUUCCCGACUCUCUGCAAUACAAGUGUUUGUUUUGUGUUAAAAGCUUGUACAUUUGACAUACGUCCUGACGCGACCGCCGCGUCGCGCUCUUUGUACGAAAAGGUUCAUAUUUUAUGUACGAGUCAAAGAUUGUUGAAAUCUCUUUAGUUGCAUUGUUUCCAAGCGGAAGCACGUGGUGUACAGUAGUGUUGUAAAGUGAGCAAGUUAAUGCUGAACACUAUGAAGAAGGCUUAACAAUGUGUAACAUACCUUUUUGUGUAUAGAAGUGUACAUAAGCACCGCAGCGGGCAUUGACCCGCUUGUGCAUUCGGCCCGAAGCGAGAGGCGUAACUUGUGACGUGGUCUGUUUUUUCUCCAUGCAGCCUUACAUUUUUCAACGUUCGGUUUCACGUUUCGCAUCAAUGUUAGCUCAAGGUCACACCGACAAGAUCACGUGCUAUGCUGCGUAGUUACUACGACGCAGUGCUCCACUCGGCAAGCCCCCCUCCCGCUGCGGCGGUGCCGCCGCACGCGAAGGGUGUUGCGCGGCGGACGGGCGACGCGUGCACGGCCAACGACCAACUGAAUGUACAACAAAGCGUAGAUACUCGAGCGGCGCGCCGCUCCGGAAGCCGCCGGCCGAGGAGUGGCGCUGGCCGACUGUAAGCACCUUCUUUUUAGCGGUCAAUGCGUGGUUUUCGCUGGCCACCUCAGCGACCGUCCCCCCGUUGCAAUCGGGACUCGGAACUUUCGAUUUGGGUUCCGUAUUAUGUAUUUUGCCUUAUGCACCCCCCCUCGGAUCUGCAUUUCCGCCUGAAAAUAAAAUCCUGUACACGCAAAAGAAAAAAAAAAAGCGAAAAGAAAAAAAGAAAAAAAAAAGGCUGCUGACGUUUGACGCCGAGCUCACUCGGAGUGUCUUUUCUCUGUACUUUUUUGUUCCUCGUUGUUGGUGCGAGAGGCGUACACGAGGGAGGGUACGUGGAGGGGCGAGUUAUUUCCUACCGGUAGCUGCGUAGGGCACUGCGCAGCGCAGUGCUGAGAAAGAGAACAUGUCUCUCUGCGGUAUAAACACAGACACUAGACAAUCCAUGCAUGUUGUGAUUUUUCAUUGAACGAUACUAUGUUGCAAACUCUUUUUAUUCUCAUUACACACGAGGGGGCUCAUUUAUCCUGUCGCGUGGAUGCCCCAGAGGAAAGCCGUUCGGUACUUUGUGACGCGAGAGCGAGUAGUUGAGGCGCCAGGGAGCGCGCCGGCUUCUCGUUGACAGUGUGUCAAACUUGAGCAGCAAGGGUCGCUUUCACUAUAUAUUUAAUUUGUGUGCUUUGUGUCAUUUUCUGCGCUCUGUUUAUGGCGCCCUCAUUUUACACUACUUGGGCUAACCGAUUUCACCUGUGUGUGCAUGCUCACUCUUGGCUAAUGUUGUGGAGAUUUUGCUUGCUAAAACUGAACCAGCGGUCUUUUGUUGUCAUACCUUAGUAUUAUUUUUAUUUUUUCGUGCGUGUGCACAUGACGUUGGUGGCCUAUCUGCUGCUGCUUCUGCUGCUGCUGCAUGUAAGCUUAAAGGAAUUGUCGGUUGACUACAACUGCCACAGAUGGCAUUUCGUUGUUUUUUAAAGGAAUCUGGCCACGCGAUUGCCUGUCGUGUGUCCGCUUUUACUGCAGUGUUGCUUCGUCGUUAAUCUGCUGUGACGCAACGAGCUUGACGCGUUAAGUAUGCCAGCGUCUUGAAUAGUUUAAGUCUAGUGACUCGCAAGCGCUGUGACCAUUGGAAUAGUGAAGAGACGACGGCGACACCGAAGCUUCGUUUAUUGACUUUUUUUUUUAAAGUGAACACGCGUUCGAUCUAGAUCUCCGAGGGUAUGGUACGACGUGCACCCCCGCCGUGGGAGACGCUCCAUCAUGCCGCAAGGCUCCGUGCGUUUCUUGCUCCCGUGACCGAGAGGUCUUCACGCCGGUGGAUUAACGAAUAUUAAAAAUCGCGACAUCGCUCCGCAAAUUUGAGGGUCAAUAUUGACUGUGCAGAACGAUUUUGUCAGCGAAGAAGCGCGAAGUUUGAUAGUAACGGAAUGCACUCAACGUACACACGGCCCAUGACGAGUAAUUGUAUACGCGUGUAUCACUGCAAUGCACUAAGUGUUUCCAGGUACAGUGACGCUGUAUGAAGAAAAAAAUAUAUUUAUACACACACGUCAAGCUUUUCUUUUUUCUACGAGGCCAGGAGCUCGGCUGUAACAAACAAGGUGCGUCCGUAUGCACUGAAGACUCCGUGGUGCCGCGGAGAAGGCGAAAAAUCGAGGCAGGUGGCACGGUGUUAGCUGACGGCCACCAACAGUCGUGCCAGUGCAAGAUGGGCGCUCUUGUGCGUAUAGCCUACGGUGAAUUAUUCUACGCGCUGCUUAGCCGCAUAACGCCUUGUAUAACUUCAAACACGACUGCUGUGGCAGAGAAGUCUCUAUCGUGCUGCUUAAAUUUUGUUUCUUGUACGAAGCCGCGUCGACAUCGAUAUCUUGAGCCAGGAAAAACAAAUGGAAGAUAUAUGUUGGUUCCUUCCGCUUUAUUUGAUAAAUGGUCGGCGAGUUGAAGUCACUUAUGAGCGCCGUAUACGCUAUUCUCUCGGAUAAGCUACGCGGAGUCGGCGCCUGUAGGGCGCAGUGGGAUGAUGUAGGCACCGCUUACCUCCAUCGAGCUUACUUGUCAUUGCAGCGCCCGCACCUUGUUAGGGCGCAGUCCGACCGUCAAUUGCUCUUGUUGCGAUCACGAACAAGACGUCAUGGUCUAUGAGAUCAUCAUUACCGCCGUGCCGUGUGUGCGUGCGCACAUGCAUGUAUAUCGAGGGCCGUCAUUGUGUGGCUGAAUACAUUGGGCAUCAACUAUUGCAGUUAAGUACAUUGCAGCGACAGAGACCACCAAUUGUGCGUGCUUGCUGACUGGCAGCAGCAGGCAUCGAGCGCAGACUACUAGGAGCAUCCUCUCUUCCGUUGCGCGUGUUUCAGUCUCCCUUCGGGCACCCUCCGUACAGACGUUUAUUAGGCGGCGGGGCGGCACGACUGGUGAACGCAACGUGCUCGGGACAGUACUUAAUUCUGUUCAUUUUGUUUUAAGCCAGAGGGUUCUCACUUUACCGAUGUUUUCUCAGCCCGAAGAUUACCAGUGCCCGCUUAAAUUUUCUCCCACUAAACUGCAAGGCCCAAAAAAUGUUAGCUCGAUUACUCAUCUUGUAAAUGUUUCUCCCACGAGCAUAAUAAACAUCUGCAUUUAAAUGUUUGUGAGUCACAAUCUUUUUUUUUUCUUCUUCCUGUUGUUUGUUGGUUGGUUGGUUGUUUGCCUGUUGGUGUGCCGCUGCGGCUGUAGCAUGCUGCCUCGCCUUUGUUUUCUAGAGUUGUGGUGUGUAUGUCGGUGUGAAUGUUCCCCGUUUCUCUCGCUCUCUCUUUUUCUCACACCCUGCCGGCGGGUCUGCGUAGUGUUUAUCGUUGAACCCGUUCUGCACGGGGGCCGCUCCGCUUAGCUCUCGUUCGCUACUUCAGACCUGCAGCUCUCGAAAGUGUACAUAAGCAUACCGAGUAUGGCGGCCUGAAAACUGCUUUGUGACUGUGACGCACUUUGAACAUAAAAAAAAAGACAACACCAAAUUAGUUGUGAAAUCUCUCUCUUUUCCUCUAAACCUUUCUUUUUUAUUGUAAGUAGCAGACAUGCGCCCCCUUUGAGAUGCGAAGCACGUAAGCUGUCUUCACCUGACUGGGCACCAACCGCAUUUUUCACGUGUUUAUUACCUACCACUGCACUGGGACCCUUCUCUUUUAUUAACGAGUACAAGGAGGAAAAGAGCAAGAGAGAUUUGACAACGAUCUGAACCCCGGUUCCGCUUCUGUCCAGCACCACCAAAUAAGAUCCCUCCACAGAAGCGGAAACAGGGCACCACAUUUCCGCCUAACUUAGCGCGGUCAAUUCGAACCGAUUGGAGCUUUGUGUGCGUCGAAGAGAGUGCGUCACAGAACCAAGCGUAUACAUAUAGUAUAGACCACUGUGCGAUUAUGCUGCAUUGAUGGUGCAUGUGAUAAUGAGUGCAUAAACAUGAAAGGAAGUAUUUUCCCAUGUUUGUGUGCUAGUUGGUGUGUUGUGCAUUUGUUUGAGUUUGUCCUUUCACUGCGUUAAAGCCCACACCACCACAGGCUUGACUUGAAUUCCCAACACCAGCAAUUGGGAACUUAGGUCAGCCUUUGCACACGAGGACACCCGCCCAGUCAGGUGAAGAACACAUUGUGCACGCAAUGGCCUCAAGUUCGUUCAGCCACAUGUCUGCCACUUACACUUACCACACUUCUCUCUCAAUGUCCACGCCUCUACAUUUUGUUAUUUCCUUUAGUUUCUUCUUCCUGUAAAGUACGUUCGCGGUAGCAACGUCUCUCCUGUGAUUAUUCUUUCACACGCUCUAUCACUCUGCAUCUUUCCUUUCAUGUGCUGUCUGCGUCUCUCUCUCUCUCUCUCUCUCUUGCAUUCGAUGUACGUCUAUAGUACACUUGCAGCCUCAUGCCGUUUUGUUGCUCCUUCACUGUACUUGUCUUAAGUUGUACUUGCAAUAAAUGUUGGUUUACCGUCGUCA